GAAGGUCAUUGAGGGAAAGAUGAAGGUGCCCCUGCUUUGACACAGGGCUGGGCCAGGUGUGUACUGGAGGGGUAAGGAGAGGUGAGAGCAGCAAGUGACUGCGUGUCUUGGCCAGUGGCUCCCAGAGUAAGACACGUGCAGCUUGACCUUCCCAGCAGAAGGCGGCUUGGCUGUUCAGGAUGCAGGGGAGCCCUGGAUUCUUUAAACAAAUGAGAGAAUUUUCAGAACCACUUCUUAAUGAGCGCUUUGACGUUUUUUUUGUGAAAUGUGGUUUUCCUCUUUGCCUGCAGGGUUAGAGAAAGGGACUAUUGGAUAAUUGUAAGCUUAGAGGGAUUCUCUUCUGAGAGUUCCCGAAGUGCAUUUGGGGAACUUAUUGUUAGAUUGUCUCUUCUAAGUUGUAUACAAAUUAGUUAUACUUAAUGUCUACCGACUUAAAUGAUUCCCUUUUCAAUCAUAUUUACUUUAGCCAACACAUUGAAUAGCUAACUUCUAUUAAGUUUGGCCCCCACUUUGGUCCUGCCCUAAGGAAAAGUCUGCUGGACUCUAAUGGGAUGAUUCUCUGAAGACUCUCUCUAUCCCGUUGCUUUCCCCAGACACCUGCAUAGUAUUUCUCCAUUCUGUGAUUUACAAGGGACUUUGCUUGCUCUGGAUGCUUCCCCCACUGUGACUCUAUGUAAUCUGUUGGCUUUGUUACAUCUGGUAGCACUCUGGAUCACAUACUAAAAGUAUGAGAAGGAAACAGGGAUGGGACCAAGAGUUUUUUUUUUUUUUUUAAAGAGAGCGAGGGACAGAGAAAGAGAUCUUCCAUCCAUUAUUUUACUCCCCAAAAGGCCACAACGGCUGGGACAGGUCGGACUGAAGCCUGGAGCUUCAUCUGGGUCUCCCACAUGGGUGCAGGGGUCCAAGCACUUAGGCUACCCUCUGCUGGUUUCCAAGGCAUAUUAGCAGGGAGCGGGAUUGGAAGUAGAGCAGCUGGGACUCAAACCAGCGCCCAUAUGGGCAGCCCCAGCUGUUUGACUUCAUGUGAAAGAUGGCUAAUGCAGAAGUGAGCGUCCCAGUGGGGGAUGUGGUUGUGGUACCCACUGAAGGAAAUGAAGGGGAGAACCCUGAAGACACUAAAACCCAAGUGAUCUUGCAGUUGCAGCCUGUUCAACAAGGUUUGUUUAUCGAUGGACACUUUUACAACAGGAUUUAUGAAGCUGGGUCGGAAAACAACACGGCAGUUGUAGCAGUAGAAACUCACACGAUACACAAAAUUGAAGAAGGGAUUGAUGCAAGCACUAUAGAAGCAAAUGAAGACAUGGAAAUUGCUUAUCCCAUAACUUGUGGGGAGAGCAAAGCCAUCCUCCUAUGGAAGAAGUUUGUAUGUCCUGGAAUAAAUGUGAAGUGUGUCAAGUUCAAUGAUCAGUUGAUCAGCCCCAAGCAUUUUGUUCAUCUGGCUGGAAAGUCUACCCUGAAGGACUGGAAGAGAGCCAUCCGUCUGGGUGGAAUCAUGCUCAGGAAAAUGAUGGACUCUGGACAGAUUGAUUUUUACCAGCACGACAAAGUUUGCUCCAAUACCUGCAGAAGCACCAAAUUUGAUCUUCUGAUCAGCAGUGCAAGAGCUCCAGUGCCAGGACAGCAGACAAGUGUGGUGCAGACACCCACUUCGGCUGAUGAGUUUCCUGGCCUCACCUCUAGUGGACUACUUCUAGGUAGCAUCACACAGAUUGCCAUCUCAGAAGAGAGCAUGGAAGAGGCAGGGCUGGAGUGGAACUCUGCUCUCACUGCUGCUGUUACCAUGGCCACAGAGGAGGGUGUAAAGAAAGACUCAGAGGAAAUCUCAGAGGACACUUUGAUGUUCUGGAAAGGAAUAGCUGACGUAGGGCUGAUGGAAGAGGUUGUCUGCAAUAUACAGAAGGAAAUAGAGGAGCUGCUCAGGGGAGUUCAGCAGCGGCUCAUCCAGGCUCCUUUCCAGGUCACAGAUGCCGCUGUUCUCAACAAUGUAGCACAUACAUUUGGCCUAAUGGACACAGUCAAGAAGGUUUUGGACAACAGAAGGAACCAAGUAGAGCAAGGGGAAGAGCAGUUUCUCUAUACUCUGACAGACUUGGAACGCCAGUUGGAAGAGCAGAAGAAGCAAGCUCAGGAUCACAGGCUGAAAUCCCAGACAGUCCAGAACGUGGUGCUGAUGCCCGUGAGCACCCCUAAGCCUCCCAAACGGCCCCGGCUCCAGCGGCCAGCCUCCACCACCGUCCUGAGCCCCUCUCCUCCUGUCCAGCAGCCUCAGUUCACAGUCCUCUCCCCCAUCACCAUCACGCCUGUGGGCCAGUCGUUUUCCAUGGGCAAUAUUCCAGUGGCCACUCUCAGCCAGGGCUCCAGUCCUGUGACUGUGCACACACUGCCUUCCGGCCCUCAGCUCUUCCGCUAUGCCACGGUGGUUUCCUCUGCCAAGAGCAACUCACCAGACACAGUGACCAUCCACCCUUCCUCGAGCUUGGCACUGCUGAGCUCCGCCACCAUGCAGGAUGGGAGUCCCCUGGGCAACAUGACCACCAUGGUGAGCCCUGUGGAGCUGGUGGCCAUGGAGUCUGGCCUGACCUCAGCAAUCCAGGCUGUUGAAAGCACUUCAGAGGAUGGGCAGACCAUCAUUGAGAUUGACCCAGCCCCAGACCCAGAGGCUGAUGAUACUGAGGGCAAAGCGGUCAUCCUGGAGACAGAGCUGAGGACUGAGGAGAAAGUUGUGGCUGAGAUGGAAGAACACCAGCAUCAAGUCCACAAUGUGGAGAUUGUGGUCUUGGAGGACUGACUGGGUAUCUAGGGGCCAGGAGAUACGUUUUGGUUUGGAAUUUUAAUUAUUUGUUUAUUUUUAUCAUUGUCCCAUUCAUUUCCACAUAGGAUCCUUCUUUUUUGUUGUUUAAAACAAAAUCUCAUUGUUGUUACUGAAAAUGUUGGGUUCCUUCUGCCCCCUCACUGAAAAAUGGACGCAACAAGCUACCCUUUCAGAAGCUGAGAGCAGAUCACUCUGUGUCCUGAUACCAAGAAAGUUAUUGCUUUUAGGGGAGCUGUUGAGAUAACUAGAAACUCUUCCAGGCUAGUCGGUCUGUGUCCGCAUGUAGUUUUAUUCUUUUAAGGAUGUAUUGACCAAACUCGGGAACACAGAUCUGACACUGGAAGGCAACCCACUUGCAUGUGGAUGCAGAAGGGCACUUUUAUUUUGUAUCCUGGAAGGGGCCCCCAGAGGCCAGAGCAAAACUCUGCUUGGAAGGGAGGUGGCAUGCCAGCAGCCGCUUGAGAGGGCAGGUGCUUUGAAGAAGAUGGGGCAAGGGGAUUUUCUUUCUUCUAGAGGUGCGACUGUGCCCCUGAGAUCUCUGAGGCUACCAUGGCCGUGACUCUGAGAGGAGGCCAGUGAUGAGUGGAAGAGCACAUCCCCACCGAGCCAGUGAGGCAGUAGCCUGUGGCUGUGGGGAAAGUAGAAGCGAGGUGACUUUGGUCUGCGUGGUGGUAGCCACCUUGCCCCUCGCUUUGUCAAAGCACUUACCCUCCUGAACUAGGACCAGUCCAACCACUGCACACUGUGACGUGGUGGAAGUUGCUCUGGGUCUGGGACUGGGACUGCCGUGGGAGUGUGGCCCAGGGCUGGCGUUUCUAUAGGGUGACUUCAGGAGCAGAGGCGUUCUUGUCCAGAUCAGCUGCCGUGGUUGCUGGGCCUUUAUUAUUAUUAUUAUUUGGCUUUGGAACCAAAAGCAGCCACUCGUUUGGUGCUUCCUCUCGUUCUCCCCGCCAUCCUUCGACUCCCAGCGGCAUCUGUCUCCUGGAUCCCACGCUCUUCAGCUUUUUGGCUGAUUUGGAGAACAGUGACAGGUGCCUGCCUGCCUUCCUCCCCGUUUCGAUUCGUUUAUACCACAGAUGUUUCUGUGAGAUGUUGAGCUCAUAAAAAGCCGUAGGCUUGGCAGGGAAGACUCCACACCCCCCGCCUUUGCUGAGGCACCAACUAGAUGUCUCCUCCUGAGCGAGCUGGACUCCCUGGGAAAGCAGCAUUAUCUACAACAUUAUAUUAUAGGAAAUGUACCAGGAAUGUCAGUAAUAAUGUCCUUGGGGGGCUUCUUUUGUUUUCUUUCUUUUUUAAAAAAAUGUUGUUUGUAUAUUUAGAGCUGGGCCAUUUUCCAUGCUGUGAUUCCUUCUCUUUGGCCCUCCUCAGCGUUUGGGGCAAGAGUGGACCCUGGUUUUUAUUUCUUUGGUUGCAUUGUUUACUGCACUAGGAAAAACAUAGGGAAACUGCAAAUGAUUUAAAGGAAGAAUAGGUCAUAAAAGGAAGCACACACUUUAGGAGUGGGAGGGGUUUUGUUUUUGUUUUUUAAUUAAAAGCAAAACUUUAACCUGGUUUCUUUCUUUUUUUUUUUUUUUCCAAAAGAAGGUACGCACCUGAAGCCAUGUUUGUUGCAACAGAUGUUGGAAACCCUCUCAAAUAAUUGAAAAUUGCAUUCUGCCAUGUAGCCAGAGAAGCCCUCCAACUUGGGAGGGGCACUCUUAAAAGUCUUAUAAAGUGAGGUUUUUGAACCUUAUACAGUUGUGGGUUUCAGCUUUAAAACUGGGAUUUUUUUUUUCUUUUC